AUGGCACCUGGUAUCUAUGAGUUCAGUUAUGUGGGUCUUAUUGAUAACACAGAGAUUGAGUCUUACAACAGUGAGAACAAAAUCAAGAUUCCUGAACAAGACUGGAUGAGAGAGAGACUGAGUGAAGACUACUGGAAAUCAGGCACUGAUAGACUGAGAGAUGAGGAGAAGUGGAUGAGAAAUGAAUUUAAUAAAAUGAUGGUAGUCAUGGGUCACAGUCAGUCUGAUCCAGACGUCCACAUCCUUCAGAGGAGACGAGGCUGUGAGGUUGAGAGACUGUCUGAUGGUUCAGUAAAGUUUCUCAGUGGAUCUGAACAGUACAGAUAUGAUGGUCAGGACUUUCUCUCCUUUAAUCUUCACACUGAGAAGUGGGAGGCCUUAAAUGAUCAGGCCCUGUCAAUCAAACAGAGCUGGAACAGUAACAUCCCCCUCAAACAUGAGACCCUGAAAUACAUUCAGAGAACCUGUGUGAACUGGGCAGAGGAGUUAAUGAAAUAUGAAGAUGAUUACAUCAGAAACUACUCUCCACCAGAAGUUCAUGUAUUUUCAAGAAAAUCCUCUACUCCAGACAAGUUAAACCUGACCUGUUUUGCCACUGGGUUCUUGCCUAAAGAAAUAACAAUAAAGAUUAAGAGAAACCAUGUUCAGAUGCAUAGGCUGAAAUCUACAGGAGUGAGACCAAAUGGUGAUGGAACCCACCAGCUGAGGAUGAGUGUGGAGAUUCCUGAGUCUGAUAGGGCAGAAUAUUAUUGCUCUGUGAUGCACAGGACCCUGGAUACACCAGUAGUGACGUCCUUGGGAGCUCUGGUUGUCUCCCAUAAACCAAAGACACACAGGUUAGGAGAACUGGAGACACUAAACUGCGCCUCGAUGGGGAACAUCAGAAUGUCCAAGACUCUUUGA